AUGUGGUCGCCAACACACAUUGAUAUUAACCAACAAUGGCUUAUAUUGGGCAUUGGGACUCAAUGGCACUGCACCCAAUGCUUGUACGCACUCUUGAUGGCAUGGAUGUUACCAUAUUGGAAGCUGGACAAUAUUACAACGCUGUUGUUACCAACGAUCUAUUGCUCACUUGGCGGUGAGUUAUUUUUUAUAAAAAAUAUGUUUGAUCUUGCGGAUGUUUUAUACCUUUUCCAGACUACAACCAAUUGCCGCGGUAACUAUUUUCCUAUAUUCGCUCGUUUUUCUAAAUGCUUUACAUUCUUUAUAUUUAAUAGCAACAUGUGUCAGUGUCGAAUGGCUAAGCAGACAGAUGGGUUCACCGUGCUUGAAUUGGCUUAAGGAAUUGUGACGGUUAUUUCUUAUACCGGCUACGAUAUGGAGGAUGCCAUGAUUAUAAAUAAAUCUGCCUAUGAACGUGGUUUCGCUCACGGUAGCAUCUAUAUAUCAAAAUGUUUUGAAUUGAGUGGAACUUGCUAUUUUGCCCGUAAUCCGCAAAUGCCAGAGUUUCGCGAUCAUUUAGAUAAUGACAGCUUACCUCAUCCGGGCAGCAGACUUGAAUAUGAUGGCCCUUUAUUGGUAGUUAAAUUGUUCUUAACAAGAACUCCAAAGUUUAUAGUAUUUCUUAGUUUUGACAAAGAUGUAACACGUAUAUGUCAUAAUCCUGAAAAUGCUCCUUUGUUAUUGGCUUGGAUGUAGAAUCAGUUUUGGCUGCUUCUCUAAUAUUCUUUUGCAUUAGGACGACUCAUUGGUCUCCCGUAUAGCACGCAAGGCGGUUUAUAAUAUGUCGUGUUCUAUCAGAAAUCAAUUUCUGCCUUAAGCGUCAGAACAACAAC